AUGGAGCUGAUUAUCAGACGGACCACGUUGUUGCUUCUUCUAAACCUCCUGAGCAAGAUACAGUCAAGCUAUGGCAUAUCAACAGAUCAUGCUAGCCUUUUCACCCGAAGCUCAGGUUCAUGCCCAGACUCCUACAACACAUGUGGCGACGGCCUUCCAGACAACUUCUGCUGUCCCUCCACGUCUACCUGCAUCAGUCUCGACAGCGGAAGCUCGGCCAUUUGCUGUCCAGCUGGAGCCAGUUGCGACUACAUUUCCCCCAUUGUAUGCAACAUAGGAGCACAAGACGCGAGCUCUCACCCCAAAAAUCCAAUCAAGACCACCAAUCUUAACGCUACUCUCUCCACGUGUGGCACAGCGUGCUGUCCCCUGGGAUACACCUGUCAGAGUGGCAGUCUCUGUGCUCUGAUCAAGGAUACUUCGCACACUGCGACGUCCAAAGCCUCAGACACAACCUCGGCCACUAGCUUAACGGCCACAGAAAGCAGUUCAGUGACCAUCACGCCAGUUCUUGCGCCUGUGGUCUCGCCCUCCUCAACUGGGGCCACCUCGUCCAACUCUACCACUGCCGCGGUCGCCCAAGUAUGCAACGAUUUUCCAACCAACGCCAUCAUCGCAGGAUUCUUCCCCGGUGCCAUUUUCGGCGCCGUGCUCUGCCUUCUCGUCACAAUCUGUCUUCGACGUCGAGCCGAGAAAAAGAAUCUCCAAAGAUAUGAUCCUAAAUCAGGCAUCCACUGGUCCCAGCGUUCUUCCUCCGGCGCAGUCCUGGGCAUCUCCGGCCCCAUUCCAAACGAAGACAACUCCUAUCGAACCGACUUCCUCCUACGCUCCUCAGCCGGGGGACGCUCAUCAAUCAGCAGCCGGUCCAUGCUCUCACGCACUGGAUCUCGCGUUCGAAGUCUCUUCUCUGGCCAGACACGUCCCUCCGAGAAAGAGAUUCCUCCUGUCCCACAGCUGCAGGGCCGGUUCCCAGUAGCCCCGCCCCGUCGACGCGAGCCUAGCACGGAGAGUAUCAAGGUUUACUCGCCACCGGGUGCUUUCUCGCAGUCGCGCAAGUUCCUCGGACCCGAGCCGUAUCCGGGGGGCAUCGCGCGUCCGGAUACCACGUUUUCGGACCUUGUUCAGGCGGUUGGGCUUGGUAGUUCAAAGGGCGAGGCUGCUCAUAAGUUUACGGAUGUGAAACUCUGA